UAUUUUCUUGUACUUUUAGCAACAAAUACAUCUUAUCAUGAAGAUAAUGAUAAUGACGAUAUUUGGAGACAAAUGAAUAAUAAUAAUCGAAUGUUAUGUGAAAAUGCAAGUACAAUUUUACAUAAUGAUUAUCAAUUUGAACCUAUUGAUCAUGAUUUUCCAUCAAUUGAUAUUAAUACAAUGCCAUCAUCAGCUAUAUCAACACCACAUCAAACAAAUAAUACACAUUCAAUAAAACGUCCUGUACCAAUAAAUAAUUAUCAUUCAAAUCCAGUAAUUGAACGUCCAAAAAAAUAUCAUCAACAACAAUAUGUAUUAACAACAAAAAGAAAUUCCACAAUAAAUACUCCAGAUAUUGGUUCAACAGCCCGUUCAUAUACAUUAACAAGAUCAUUAACAACUGAUCAAAUUGGAAAUACUAUUAAUUCAACAACAAGAUCAACGAAUAAUAAUAGACUUUAUUAUUACCCUAGUGUACAAGAUGUACUUGAUGCAUUAAAUCGUCGUUCAUUUGAUAAAGAAUCAUUUGUUUAG